CCCAAAUACUAUCUGUCAACAAGUGGUUGGAACAUAUAGCCAAAUUGGGUCAUCACCCACUGUCAGGUGCUUCCUAGCCCUCCUCCAUCAACACCCACCCAUCUCAACUACAACUCUCACCUGUAUACCAUCCAGACCAACUUAUAAAAUAUCAUCUUCAAUCUAUCUCGUCUAUUAUAUACACCGCCAUGUAUCAAUUCUCCCAGCAGCCGCAAGAGUCUUCCCAACUCGCACGUCUGCCGCUCGCAAAGUUCUCUCACGCAGCCACUUCCAUCUCGCACAGCGGUCCAUUGAGCUGGAGCCACAUAAUCGGAAACGGAGAUAUCAUCAGUGUGUUUGAAAAACGUCCAGGAGCUACUCUUUCCACCGCGCGGAUCUUGUUGCGGGUGUCACGCGAUUGUGAUAUAUUGGAAGAGAUAGACAUUGCUUACUUUGCAAGAGAGGCUGUCGCUCAAGCCCAGUCAAGACAAAUUGGUCACGGUCACCCGAAACCCAUCUUUGCAGUUAUCGUAAAGUCGCCCUGUUUGGCUGUGAAAUAUCCAAGUGGAGGAACAAGCGUCCGUCGUUUCCAAAUAAAAUUCUCCUCCGAUAGAGAUUACUACACGGCGCUGGCCAUUCUGAGUGACAUUAAAUGUCCAUUCUCAGAAUCGAAUAUCGGCUCACUACAACCAGCUCGAAAGUUGGCAUCCUCACAAUGGAAUCCAGGGCUUGGAUCCUCUACUUCUGGUGGAAAGGACGCGCUCCCUAGCGGCUCAGGCGCGCUUGGGAUUUCUUCUUCAAAUAAUGUCAUCUUCCCAUCGCAUUCGUCGACAACCUGUGCAUCUGGAAUGACAUCGACUAUUACAGGUAUCGUCCCAUCCUAUCCAUCAUAAACCUCUUCCUAAUUGAAUAUCACGAACAGGUCCUCCACUGCCAUCCUCGUCCUCGGGUACCACCCACACCGCAGCGGACUAUACCACAACCACCAGCAACGGCCUAAACACGAAAACCGUCCCAGAUACAUUCCACUCAGAACCAAACACCUUAAAUCAAAGCAGCCAGGACGUAGCGUCCAGACCCUCCACAGGCGUAGCUACAGUCUGUCACGAUCCUCAAACCCUCAAUCAGCUUCUUCCUCCGAAACGGGACCUGCCAUUCUCGAAACCAGCCGCGAAACCAGCCGCGAAGAAACCUCGUACACGCACA